GGCGGAGAUAUAAUGACAUAAAAGCCCCUCUCCUUCCUCCUCCCUUCUCCUUCGCGCCGCCACUCUCUCCGAGCUCUCGCCUCUCCUCCUCCCCCGUCUUCCCUUCGCGCGCGCCACCCCCACACACGCGACCAUGGCGGCAGUGGCAGGAGGCGCAGCGCGGGCGCUGUCGCAGGCGGAGCAGGACGUGCAGAUGAUGCUCGCCGCCGACGUCCACCUCGGCACCAAGAACUGCGACUUCCAGAUGGAGCGCUACGUCUACAAGCGCCGCUCCGAUGGUAUCUACAUCAUCAACCUCGGCAAGACAUGGGAGAAGCUGCAGCUCGCGGCGAGGGUGAUUGUUGCCAUUGAGAACCCCCAGGACAUCAUUGUCCAGUCGGCCCGCCCCUACGGCCAGCGCGCCGUCCUCAAGUUCGCGCAGUACACUGGCGCGCACGCCAUUGCUGGAAGGCAUACGCCUGGUACAUUUACCAAUCAGCUCCAGACCUCCUUCAGCGAGCCCCGUCUGCUCAUCCUCACUGACCCAAGGACCGAUCACCAGCCAAUCAAGGAGUCUGCUCUGGGAAACAUCCCGACCAUUGCCUUCUGUGACACCGAUUCCCCAAUGCGGUAUGUCGAUAUCGGCAUCCCGGCCAACAACAAGGGGAGGAACAGCAUUGGGUGCCUGUUCUGGCUCUUGGCUAGGAUGGUUCUGCAGAUGAGGGGUACUAUCCUCCCUGGCCACAAGUGGGAUGUUAUGGUUGAUCUGUUUUUCUACAGAGACCCUGAGGAGGCCAAGGAGCAGGAGGAGGAAGCUCCAGCACAAGACUUUGCUGCCAUCACUGAUUACACCGCACCUGAACAAUGGUCUGCUGACCAGUGGACCUCUGAUGUGGCUGCUCCCCCAGCUGCUACUGUUGGUGAUUGGGGCGCAGCUCCAGCUCCAGUUGCUGCUGCCGAAGGAUGGGAUCAAGCAGGAGCACCCGUAGCCACUGAAGCCGCCGUCGUUCCACCGGUUGCGCCUACUGGAUGGGACCCGGCAGCUCAACCAGCUGCUCAAGGCUGGGAUUAGGCUAGGCAAUCACUUUGAGAUGUCUUCCGCAGCUUAAGUUAAAUAUUUCCCGAGGCAUGAAUGAACACCCAAAAUCCAAUGUGAUCAUCUAUAGCUACACCAUGAACUCAACUGUUUUUAGGAAUUUCUAGCUGAACCUGUGUUGUUUGUCCGUCCCUAUUUCGAACAACAAUGCUGUGAGGGUGAGCUCGGCAAGAUGUGUGGUAUAUGUUAAGCUUUCUACUUUUGUCCUAAGUUUAUUCUGUAGCGUUUAUAUCAAUCUUUUCCUCGGUGCAAUGGCAUGGUUCUAUACGCUCA